AUGGGGGGCGCUGAUAAUGAAAAGAAAAGCCAGUGCAAACAGUUAUGUCCAAUAAAGAUUCCAUUGAUAGGGCCUCUCAGAGACAUGAUAGCUAGAGAGGUUGGAGACAAGGCCUCCACGGUGAUUGACAUUCUUGAGGGUCUUGUGCCCACGGUAUCCCCUGAGAAUAUGUACAGUGAGCUGGUGGAGGCUUUGACUCCUGUGAUAGACCAAAAGGCCAAGGGAUUGGUAGGAAAAGUCAUGGCAUACAAAAGAAAGAUUUGCAGGGACGGAGACGAAUGUAGAGCAAAGAAUUGCAUUUUUCUGCAUGGACGGGACAAAAGGAAUGGGGAAUGCACAUCCGGGGGUUCUGGAAUGAAAGGGAAGGAAGAGGGUGCAGAUGCUAGCGAUACCACCUCGAAAAGAAGGAAGAUGGCCGAGCCCAAUGAAAACAAUGAGGUGGUGUUUAAUAAGGUAAACGAAUCGAGGCAUAAUCCAGAGGACCUUAAGGCCUAUGCAGCGAGAUUUGGAAGGAUCACCAAUUUCAAGAGACUCAACCCUGAGAAGUACCUUGUUGUUUUUGAAGACCCUGAGUCUGCUAGUGAGCUGGUGAAGUCGUCGGAGCCCGUAUUGGAGGAUCCUGGAAUCAAGAAGUUUUAUAACGUUAUAGACAAUCUUGUCAAGGUCGAGCUUAAAAAGCUGUUUGAGGAGCAGGAGGCCAUUAUAGAUAAGAUGUCCACAGAGUUUUCUGCAGCAUUGCUUGGACAUCUCAGAAACAUAAAUAUCAGGAUAAGAAGCCUAGUCAUGAAGGACAGGUCUAAGGACAACGGAGGGGUAGACAACAAGAGAGGAUUUGACCAAGAGAACAGCCUAUACUAUAACUGCUUUUGA